AUGAGAGCCCGGGAGAUGGAAGAGAGGGUCACGUACGCUGACCUGCGCUUCACCCCUGCACAAGCUCCUCCGCAGAUGAAGCCGCUGCCCUGGCGCUGUGCAGCCCUCAGCCUGGCUCUCCUUUUCCUGCUGCUCCUGCUGGUGCAGACCGUCCUCGUUGGCUUGAGCUUCCACCUUCUAGGGCAACUGUCGGGCUGCAGCUAUGAUCCCUGGAGCACAGAGGAGACCCUCAGCUAUGGGCAACAGACUCUGCAAGGACAAUGCCAGUUCUGCCCGGCCGGCUGGAUAUGGGAUGCAGGGCACUGCUACUACUUCUCCUCUGCCAAGAAGACCUGGGAGCAGAGCAAAGAGGACUGCUGCUCCAGAGAGGCUCAUCUGGCCACCGUCCGAACCAACAGCACCCUGGUGUUCCUGGCACGCGUGUCCGGUAUGGAUGUGUUCUAUGUGGGGCUCAAGCGUGACGGCCUCCGGGCUGACUGGAAGUGGCUGGACGGCACCAGGCUGAAAGGGCUCUUCCCAGUCCAGCGUGUCACCAGCUCUUUCCUGGCCUGCGGGAGGGUGUCGGGCUCGGGGCUGUCGAGCGGCCCGUGCGGGGAGGCGCACGGCUGGGUGUGCGAGACGCGGGCGCUCCCGCUGCAGCGGCUGCCGUCCUCACCCGCCGCCUUUCUCUGGGGGAACACCACCUACACCUGCGUGAAGCCCUGGUGA